CUUUGCUGUAUCAGAAAGCUGGGCAAUUAUACGGCAGUCGCUGAAUAUUAAGCCACCAUGUCAGUCUUCUUCUGGAUCCUCCUCAUCGUUGCUUGCUCGGCAGUACACAUUGAAGGUUGUUCCCAUGGGGUCCACAGAUCUGCAGAGAUCAUUGUCUACGCUGAUCGCUACAGAUACCACACAAAUUACCAUGAACUGGAGCUGGUCAGAGGGUUCAUUGAAGGACUGGAGAAUGCCACAAACCAUCAGGUGAUGCUGCAUCUUGUUGACUAUAACUUCAAGGACCUCCAAGAAUACUUCCGCAGCCAUCCAGGAAGGGUCAGUUUCAUCCCACAGAAAGAUUACAUUCAUAAAUUUAUUAACUCUAUGACAUGGAGACCAAAGCCUGGCAGUGGCAAGAGGUCACACAUCCUCAUCCUCCUUCUUUGCGGGCUCGACGCCUACCUGUUUGCGAAGCCCAAAAUACACAAGCUACAGAGGGCAGGGGUGGAGAUAUUUGUAAUGGGAUCCAAGAUAUCCCAGGACUAUGAACUGUAUGACAUUGUGUCCUACCCACCAAAGACCCAUUUAUAUGACCUGCUGGAUUAUCCGAGUCUUGACAGAGCUCUGUCCGCACUAGCGCAGUCAGUAUGUCGCAGCAUCGAGGUGAAGGAUAAACGUGCAAAGAAAGCUCUUUUGUCUCAAGUAAGGUUAGUGGAUGGUGGUCACCGCUGCCAGGGAAGAGUGGAACUUCUGUACAAUAACACCUGGGGCACCCUGAGUGAUGAACACUGGGACAGGCAUGGAGCUGAUGUCAUCUGCAGGCAGUUGGGGUGUGGACCUUCUCUGGAGGCCAUAAAAGGAGAUGCAUUUGGGCCAGUUUCUGGGAAUAUACUGGAGAAGCUGGAUUGUACUGGAGAUGAACAUGAUGUUUCAGAGUGUUUACUGGGAGCUUGGACUGAACCAGAAUCAACGAGACCUCAGCACAGUGCGGGGAUCAGCUGCUUGUCUUCUGGUGCUGGCAAAGUUCGACUGGUCAGUGGCUCCGGGUCUUGUGAUGGGAUAGUGGAGGUUUCCUUGAAUAAUACAUGGAACAGAUUCUGCCUUUGGAAGUUUGAUAUACGAGAAGCUUCAGUGGUAUGCAGACAGAUGGGAUGUGGCCCUCUCGUGAAGAUCCAGGAAAAUGUGGGAGAAGCUGGUAUAGGGCAGAAGACAGUGGAAAAAAUACAUUGUUCUGGUGCAGAGUCUCAGAUAUCCGAAUGUAGCCUCAGUCUCUGGAGCUCACAGCCAUGUCUCUACAACAUCCAUGCAGGAAUCGUCUGCUCCACAGCAGCUAUUUCAAAGGUGACGUUGACAGAUGGAAGCAGCACAUGUUCUGGGAAAGUUCAGGUGUUCCAGGAUAAUAAAUGGAACCUGGUGCCUGCAUUUGAGUGGCAUGUCGAGGAGGAGGUCGUGCUAUGUAAACAGCUUGGCUGUGGCCUCGCUAUUGAACGAGCUCUUGUCAAGGAAAUGUCAAUAAGUAACAAAAAGGUCCACCACACAAAUGUUCGCAGUAUCUACUGUUCCGGCCACGAAGCGAGCCUGUCUGAAUGCAGCUCCGUCUUGUCCAAAGGACACAGGUGUGAGUCUGGUGAAGUCGAAGUGCUGUGCUCACAAUCAGGAAUAUCUAAGGUGAGACUGGUUGGUGGAGACUCUGCAUGCUCAGGACGGGUGGAGGUAUUCUACAACCAGGCCUGGGGCACCGUGUGUGAUGACACGUGGGAUCUAUCCAGUGCCCAUGUGGUGUGCAGACAUGUGGGCUGUGGACCUCCACAGCGGGCCCCUAGAGGAGCACAUUUCGGUCCUGGGUCUGGAUCCAUAUGGCUGGAGAAACUGUUCUGUAACGGCACAGAGUCAUCGAUAUCUCAGUGUGGAGGAGUGGUGUCCAAAAACAGUCUCUGCGCCCACUCACAGGAUGCGGGCGUGAUCUGUACAGAUAAAGAACCGUUGUAGCUGAUGUCACGUGACCCCUGAUCUGUGACGUCAUUGUUUGCCACCUUAUCCUUUUCUGAUGUCUAUCCUGUGUAUCACCCUCAUGUGUCCCCUCCAUGUGAACGGGGCCCCCCACCAUGGAUCCAAUCAGUAUUGAUAAUGAAUGUGCCAGAUGAUGACGCUGAUUAAAGAGAAGAUCAGGAGUG